AUGUGUUGCAUGUACAAAUGGAAAUUUUUAUUAGAAACUAAUGUGGAUGCAAGAAGCAUUCGCAAUCAUUUAAAUAAAGAAACUAAUAAAACAUCUAGAAAUAAAAUUCAUAUUUUAGAUUAUCUUGCUUAUACAACAUCACAAGACGGAAAUAUUGAACAUGCUUUAUCAUUAACUGAAGAAAUGCUUACAACUGCUUCGAAUCAUGUUCGUGCAAAUAAUUAG